ACAACUUUUUACCCCUUCGAACGGGGGCAGGUUUCGACCAAGGCCCCCCUUGAGUGCAUGUGCCGGCCGUGCACGGGCAUCGAGGACGCCAACGUGAUCCCGCAGGAGCUGGCCGCGUUCGCCGACGAUGGCACGCUGACCAGCUACUUCCAGAAGGGCCAGUUAAGGAAUUCCGAGUAAAGAGGUGGUCAAUGGAGGUGAAGCAUCUUGGUAGGUGCAUUGGAGCAAUAAGAGUGAUAUUGUUUUUUUUUUCGGUAUUUGUGGUU